AUGGAUCCUGAAGUGAGCGACCUUCUUCCCCAGAUCCAGGACACUGGGUCACCGGGUAAAAGGCUCGCGUGCAGGCAAUGCCGCGCCCGCAAGCGGCUCGACUUUGUCUGCAGCUAUGCAUCCGUCGAUGGCAUCUCCCCGCGAGAGAACGACGAUUCUCCUCAGGAACUCACCCAGGCGGGGACGAAGCGUCGACGCUCAUCAAAGGCUUGUACAUCAUGCCGCGCGACAAAGGCGAAGUGUUCAGGAAAUUACCCCUGCCAGCGAUGCGAGUCUCAUGGACAGGAAUGUCUUUUUCCGAUCCCAAGAACUGCAACGCAGGCAGAUGUAACACCUGAAGCACUUGUAUCACCCGCCAGCACUCAGGCAGAACGCUAUGAGUCCGCCCAACCACCACCACCAGCGGCUAGCCCAGGAGAAGACUCGACACGUGCGUUCGAAUUGGAAAGGAAAGACGACGUUCGAAACUACAUUCACACGUACUUUGACAAGAGCGACUUCCUAGACUCCCUCUCUCUCCACAGAGCAACCGUCUUGACGGAAUGGAGUCGCGGCAAUCUGGACAAAACCUUGCUCAAGGCCAUCUGCGCCUCGGGGCUCCGUCUAAUGUCUCCACAGGAGGCCUACCUGAGUCCCCUCCGCUGGGUGGACGAAAUCCAGACUGAGCUGGUCGCCCGCAUCGGUGAUAUUUCCGUCCCCAAACUCCACGCUCUGGUAAUUGUCAUCACUUUCCAUUCCACGCUGAAAUUUACUGGGGACAUAUGGGUUCUACUGUCCAUGGCAGCAAGAGUUGCUUUUACAAAGCGUCUCAACUACGAGAGAUCUGCCGUGGAUUCCAUAACACAAGAGUGUCUCCGCCGGCUGAUGUGGUCCAUCUAUAGGCUUGACAAGGUAUUCUCAGGGGGCAUCGAGGAUUUGACCGUCUGUCCUAUAAAUAGACUGCACGUGAGGCUCCCCAACAGCCACCACAACUUUCAACUCGGGCUACGAUCAUCGGUGCAGUUUCUGCGCCAUAUGGACGAAGGGACAGACAUGAAUAUUCUGGCCUAUCUAAUCCGGAUGUACGACCUUCGUGAUAGAAUCUUCCGAUACACAAGGCGGGUCGUCCUCGAAGGAUGCAGCCCGUUUACCAGUCGGGAGCAACUACACUCACUCGACCAAGAGUUGGUUUCAUUCAAGACGUCUCUACCAGAGGACUUGCAGCUUGAUGCCGACAGAUUGAUGAUCAUGUGCCACUCUGAGGAAGCGCGCGGAUACAUCGUCCUCCACACCCUAUUAUACCUCUGCCGUUGUGAUCUUUUCCGAUUUCUAAUUCCCGGAAUAAGGGAAUCGGUAUCAGCAGAUGCCAUGGAACAGACACCGCGAGCAUACAUCAAUUACUGUCAGCAGAGGUGUUUAGAAAGUGCAGUUUGGUGUUGUGAGUUCUGGUCUCACAUUCGCCAUUCAGAGAUGCGCAAUCCCGUAGAGGGUGCGACUUUGACCAUUGCCCUGUACCAAUGCACCAAGAUUAUCGACCACCUCUACUUCCUCCUGCCCCCAGAAGGAGGACAUUCGCUACCCCAGCUAAAACAGAAGCUUCAAGACGGAUUGUUCCUUGCGUCUCGAGGUCAAGACAAGUGUGAAUGGGUCAGCUUAUGUAUUUCCGACGUUGAGAAACUGAUUCCCGGCCUUGGUAUGCGACCUCCAUUGUCGGAUACCCCUCCUCCUCCAGGGACUCUCAGUGAACAGGAAAAGCUACACCGACGCUCCAAAUAUGUAUUCACCACAGAAGACGAGGAUAAUAUCGGUUCGGCGGUGAAUCCUCGGCGAUCUACCGCAGACGAAACAUUGGCAGCAACCACAUCGACCUCCGAUGCUGGCACAGGUAGUGAAACCUGGCCAUUUUCUAUGCCUGGCCAGAACGAGGAGACUGUUGAGUAUUCGGGAAGAAAUUCAUUGGGCUCGGCUCAAUUCUUCGGAGACGGACUUGUUCCAUAUGAUUUGUCGAGCCAAGUCACCUCUUCAUUCGAUGAUCAAGACUUGACUUUGUCAAUGAACCCAUUUGACUUGCAGAUGAAUGCAUAUACGGAUGCGGACAUUCCCCCGUUUUUAGCACAGAUAGAGUAAC